AUGGGAAAAUAUUGCCACAACAAGAGUUUCCUAGAGAUAGCACCCUCGCAGAGCUGUUCCCAUGGAUGGAGGAGUAUACUCCAUGGGCGAGACCUUUUGAAAGAAAACCUAGGGAAAUCUAUAGGAAAUGGACAAACGACCAAGAUUUGGAAGGAUUCUUGGAUCUCAUUGGAUAAGAUCCUAAAACCUAUGGGACCUAUCAAGGAAUCAGCCCUAGACCUAACGGUGGCAGAUCUACUAACUUCCGAACUCAAAUGGAACAAGCAGAGAAUCGAGGAGCUCUUACCAGACCUCGCCGAGCAGAUACAAUGUUUAAAGCCAAGCUCAACGGGGGCGGAAGACUCCUUUAUCUGGCACCAGACAGCUUCGGGCAUUUACUCCACCAAAUCAGGUUACUUUGCUGCAACUUCUCACAACCAUCAUACACAGCUAACAAGAGCAGAAGGAGAAUUUAGCUGGAUCAGAGACAUUUGGGCAGGCAAAUUCUCACCUAAGAUGAAAACGUUCCUCUGGUCCAUUGUCCAUAAAGCUAUCUCUCCAGGCUCAAAUCUGCAAAGAAGAGGUAUGACAUCAGCAACGCCUUGUGUUAGAUGCCAAGAUACUGAGAAUGAGAUGCAUUGUUUCUUCAACUGCCAGUACGCGAAGAAUGUUUGGGAUCUUAUCCCCCUUAGCAAAGCAGUUCACCUAGCUGCGGGGAUGAUUUUCCCAGAGGUAGUAGUCAAAUUUAGGAGAGUUAUUUGUCUGCCUCCCUCAGGAUUCUCUCUUAACAUCCUCCCCUGGGUCUUAUGGGCCAUCUGGACGGCGAGAAACACCCUCAUCUUCGAAGGACGAUACCAAUCUCCUGAGGAAACAACACUGAAAGGGAUUAAGUUAGCAAGAGAAUGGACCAAUUCGCAAAAUCAAUCCUCUGGAAAGAAGGACCUACCUCAGAGUCAGCAAUUCCAAUCGCGAGCACCACCACAGAUUAAUCUCGAUAACGACCAAGUGACAUGCAAGACAGACGCGGCGUGGCACAAGGAAAAGCUCGUAGCAGGACUAGGGUGGGUGUUCUCGGGUCCGAAACUCGAAUCUCCCAUCAAAGGAUCGAUGUGUGAAGCUUCGAUAGGCUCCCCUCUAGUUGCAGAGGCUUCUGCAGUCAGAUCAGCUAUGUGUAUGGCGAUCAAUUUGGAGUUCAGCUCUCUUGAGGUGCUCUCCGACAACUUAACGCUCAUCCGAGCAAUCUCCGGCAUCACUCAGGCUAAGGAAAUCAUCGGUAUUGUGAAAGACAUCCGAUCGAUAUCUACUGAGUUUGCAUCAAUCUCUUUUGCGCAUAUCUCUCGUUCUCUGAAUGUGGAAGCGGAUAAUCUCGCAAAAGAAUCUCUGCGUUUUUCAUAUCUUCUGUAUUGA